GUACAAGCCCAGCUGAUGAUGACAGUCUCCACAAAGAAGCCACUGUUCUAUUGGCUCAAUGAGUCUUGCAUGCUCGAGUACUAAUCUAUAACAAGUCAUAAAAAUAGAGUUGUCGUGUGUAGCAUCGGCUUGCUAGGUCGGCUUCCAAACCGAAGCAAUGCUUCAGCUAGGUAUCGGUAACCUAAACCUAUAUCGGCUGAUGAUUAUGAAGCAUCUGCAAGAAACCAACGGUGUGACUCAUGGACUUGAAAUUGGACUUGGAAAUGAUUUUUUUUUCAAAGUGUAUAUAUGUGCCUAUAUAUAACAGGACCAAUCUUGGCUCGGUGAGUUUUGUAUCUUAAUAUAAAAAUAUAUACCUUGAACUGUCAGAGUUACCGGAGCCAACCCGCGGACUGCAUUCGACCAAAUCAGGAAAUAUAUAAAUUAUUUACUUCUACUUCUACUUCAUACCUCUGUAUAUCAAUAUGUCUCAUCAAUAUACACAUUCGUCUUUUUCUUCAAGCCUACGACGCUCGUCAAUUGUUUCCGAGAAGACCUUAGUAGACACUCAAGCUGCGGGUGCCACAGAGGAGAAGCUUCAGGCGAAACACAAUGACCACAAGUCAUCCGCCGAGACAUCCUCGACUAGAAGCCGAACCAGUACCGGCUCGCUGCCUAGCAUCAUGAGUAAGGCUGUCAAGAAGGCCAAGUCGAAGCUGGGGAACAAAGAAUCGUCUUCCAAGUCCAAGCAUAAGCCUAAGUCUGACCCUAAGCCGGAAUCGAAGCGCCCCGACUACGAUGCAUAUCCAGAUACAGUGUACAUGUGGAGAGCCUUAGCUGAGACGAGAUUGUGAGAAUGUAAAGGGGUUACACAAUCUAUUUCAAUGGGACUGCUGGCGAGUAAAUCCAAGUAUCACAGUUCACACAACGUAAUCAACUAUGAUCUACGCCUAAACAAAUGCAAAGACAUAGAUACUGGGGACAGAUGUUGAGGAAGUCGAUUGAUUAAGAAAAGGACAUUGAAGAGUUAUACGGGCAUGAACAACUUGGUUGCAAGAGCGAUAUGAGGUGCUUACAUGAUGAGAUGCCUCGCGAGUCAGUAUAUAUGGGUAAUAGGGGUUAUUGUUCUUGGCGUUCACAAGGGAAUAUUAAUGAGUAUGAUAACGUGUUUUUCCUUCAGGACAUUUAUGGUAAAAUGGGAUGUUAGUAAUUGGGUACCUAGGUAUGUACCUACUUCGGGUACGUCUUUUAAGCAUUCCUAGGUAGGUUAUAAUACAA